AUGGCGUAUUGGACAUCACCAGACAUAGCAGAAAAAUGUGUAGAAUGUAAAAAGAAGGAAAUACCUUCAAAACCAAAGGAUCAAUUGAUUACUGAACAAAAACGAGAGGAAGAGGUCAACAAAACAAGAAAAAACAUUUUAUUUAAUAUGGGUUUGGCAGUCAUGGCGAUGGUGGUUAUUCUAUGCCUCACUAAAGAUGUAUUCAAAUUAAUCAAUUUGCUUGAUCAAUUUUGGAUUCGUUUUAUUUAUGGAAUCGAGGUUUUUCUGUUUGCGGGUGUACUCAUUCAUUUCUGUUGUGAACUCCAAAAAAUCAGAACUAAUAGUAAACUCCUUGCAAAAAUCGAAGAUGAGCAUAAUGAUUCGGAAGAAAAUAUGUCUGUAAUUAAACAAACUCCUGUAUUAAAACAUAAUUAUACCGCCUGGACGGCCGUCUUCUUUCUCAUUAUUAUGCUAUGUUUAUGGAUUGAGACAGCUGUAAUGUUUAUCAAAGCUGACAGCGAAAAGGAAAUUAAAGAUGCAAGAUUGCUACUCUUGGUGAUGUUGGCUCCAACCGUUAUUUUUAUAAAAGAAUGGUUCCCAAUGAUCAUCGCUGCGCACGCUGACUCCUGUUAUCCCUCUCCCGCCUCCGAAUCUUUUGAUGUAGAUGUUUCCACCAAAAAUUUUUUAUGGUCUUGA